UCCUUGUACUCUAUAAACACACACAAAAUGGCUGAUGAUGAUGUUGAAUUCGAAAUUGAAGAUGAUGAAGGUGAAGUUGUAGGUCUCGAUGAUAAUGACAAGGGAGAUGAUGAAAUGUUGGACGAUGAAGUCGAUGAAAACCUUGUCGAAAAUACUUACUACACUGCCAAGGGUGAAGUUGAUGAAAACUUGGAUGAAGCCCUCGAACUUUUCCAAACUGUCCUUGACUUGGAAGAAGAGAAGGGACAAUGGGGUUUUAAAUCACUCAAGCAAAUGGUCAAGACUCUUUUCAAGGCUGGUAUGAUGGAACAAAUGGUACAACGUUACAAGGAAUUGCUCACCUACAUGAGUAUUGUUUCUAGAAAUGAAAGUGAAAAGGCUAUCAACAAGGUUUUAUCUAUGGUAUCAUCAUCAACAGAUAAGAAUAUGCUUGAUCAAAUCUACGGAAUGACUCUUGAAGUUUUGUUAAAGGCUAACAAUGAAAAGUUGUGGUUUAAUACCAAACUCAAGCAAGGUCAAUUGUUUACACAAACACGUGAUUUUGAAAAGCUCAACACUUGUAUUACCGAUCUUAAAAAGUGGUGUAUGUUAGAAGAUGGUGUUACGCCCGAUGAAAAGAAGUCAUCUAACAUGUUGGAUGUUUAUGUUCUUGAAAUUCAAAUGUACAGUGAACAAAAUCAACUCAAGAAACUUGCCCAACUUUAUCAAAGAUGUAUUGGUAUCAUUUCAGGAGGUGCUGUCGUUUUGAAUCCUCGUAUUACUGGUAUUAUUCGUGAAUGUGGUGGUAAAAUGUAUAUGCGUGAAAAGAAGUGGAGUGAAGCUUUUAAUGACUUUUUCGAAGCUUUCAAAUCAUAUGAUGAAGCUGGUAAUCCACGUCGUAUUGAUUGUUUGAAGUAUUUGGUUUUGGCUUCAAUCUUGUCUCAAUCUUCUAUCAAUCCUUUUGAUGCCAACGAAGCUAAACCAUACAAGGGUCACUCUGAUAUUGUAGCCAUGACUGAUCUUGUUCAACACUACCAACAAGCCAAUAUCAAGGAAUUCGACAAGGUUUUGAAGAAUAACAAGAAGGCUAUUUUAGAAGACAAUUUCAUGAAGGAAUAUAUUGAAGAUUUGUUAAAGACAAUUCGUACACGUGUCUUGGGUAAGAUUAUGAAGCCAUACACUCGUAUCAAGAUGACCUUCUUAGGAAAGGAAUUGAGCAUUUCUGCUGAAGAUGUUGAAGCUUUAGUUAUUGACAUGAUUUUGGAUGGUAAAUUGGAUGGUUAUGUUGAUCAAGUCAACCAAAUGAUCACACUUUCUUCACAAGGACAAGAAUUGACCCGAUACAAGGCUUUGAGCCAAUGGACUGUCAAACUUAACGAUGUUCACCAAGCAAUUCUCCAAAGAGUAAAUUAAAUAAUAAAUCUUUAAUUGUAAAUU